AUGGCUACUCAAUUCUUGAUACGGCGGCACGUUGCAUCGAUUGCCACUGGAGCCCUCAUGGCGGGCAUCACCCUCUAUCCAACGAACACAUUACAUGCUGAAUCACCACAAGAAGCAAAUUCAAGGAAACCAAUUUAUGACGAUGCACCUGCUCAAUCGAUGACCUCCGUAACCUCAUCAAUAGAGAGGAGAGAGACAACUCCUGGAUUAAGAUCGCAGUCUGUUACAGAUCUUCUUGCGAAAAAAGUUGGUGUAGCUAGGUUGUUCCUCUAUUCUCAUGUCGCAAGAAUGGAAGAUAAAGUCAACGACUUCAUGGACUCUGCCUUUGAGCUGGAAGACAACUUCACCAGCACAAUCUCAUCUUUGGUCCCCGCGCCACACACAGGUGAAAGAAUAAUGCCAGGUUUACUCUAUGUUGUAGUCGCGGCUAUGGCUGGAAGCAUAGUGUCCCGAAAUCGGAAUAUUGUAUUACGAGCUACUCUACCCCUGGCUAUUGGAUUAACUGCUGGAUGGGCACUACUGCCAAAUUCUUUACAAAAUAUUUCAAAUCUAGCCUGGAAAUAUGAGCAAAAGUUUCCAGUUAUUGCUGAAAGUCAUAUUCGCAGCAGAGAAGCAGUCGAAAAGACCUGGAUGAUUGCUAGGGCGCGCAGUCAACAAGCUUCCGAUAUCGUGAAUGAGGGAGUUAGUGCGACUCGAAACGCCGUGGAGGGAUGGGUCAAAAAAGGGAAAUAA